AUGAUCAACCCGCACCUUACUCCGGUUCAGUUCCCUCGAUACAGCAGCUGCGGUGGAUGUGCGGAAGGAAAUAAGACGGAUGCGGAGCUGGCAGAAUGCGUACAUCCUUGCUUCAACUUAAGUUUCAUCCUGGAGUGGGAGCGCUUCGCUGCGGAGAAUGGCUACAAGCUGGUGUACUUCCCCUCCCGCCCAGGUCCCAAGGACGAGGCACCUGUGAACAUCUCGGCCUGGUGGCUGCCAGCGCCUGACAGGGCCGGUCGCCCCGCCCCUCGCGUGGUGGCCUUCCACGGCAUGUCUUCCAACAACAACCACUGUGGAGUGCAAUCAACCUGCUACUUGUUGCGGUCAAUAGGUUUCAGCUGCCUCGCGCUCAGCGCCAGAGACUGCGGCUUGUCUGGGGCAUCGACGCACCCUACAGUCGGCAGCUGGGGCUACGACUAUCACCUCGACGCUCUGGGAGCCUGGGACUACGCCGUGGGGGAUCCGGAGGGUCUCUUGGGCGGCUCCCUUCCCCCUGCCCAAGUGGGGAUCAUGGGCUUCUCUAAAGGCGCCCUGGAAAGCGCCAUUGCGUUUGGUCUGGAGCCGCGGAUUCCGGGAGCCUGGUUGGACUCCGGGCCAUUUGGUGGCCUCUUUGGUAUGACCCACGACGUCGUCUCGGGAAUCUUCGGUCCCGUGCUGGGCGAUCCGUUUGCAAGAAUUGUCUUCGCUUUCUCGAUCUUGGCGUCGGGCCACCGUGUGGACAACUACGACCCCCUGGCGUUGAUGUCGAACUGCACCGUGGGGUCCAGACGUCAAGUGAUGAUCGCCCACAGCAGCUUGGAUCAGACCGUCCCUGUGGCAUACGCUGGGGAAGCUGUGAAGGUACUCUCUGGUCUACCAGGUUGCUAUGAGGUCAGCUCCUUUACGCCCCCGGAGUUCUGCAACGGGGAGACGCAUCACCAGGAGAUGUGGGAAUUCCCCGAUGACACCCGGAGCAAGCUCUGCCACUUCUGGAGCCGGACCUUCGUGCGGGAUCCGGCCGACUGCCGCCUUGACAGCCUCGGGGAGCCUAAGUGGUAG